UUUUGGCCGCUUAAGGGGGAGCGGCGGCGGCGGCGGGGGCCGGAGCGACGGUGUCCGGCUUGCCUGCGCUCCUCUUCCCCGCCACGGCCCCAUCCAGCCCGCCUCUGCGGGUUCAGCUUUCAAACAAACAUCAAAGAUUCCAUCGCCACCGAAUGCAGCAAGCUAGGAAUUAUGGAUCUGAAAUUCAAUUCCUCUCGGAAGUAUGUUUCUAUCAGCGUACCUUCAAAGUCCCAAGCUAUGUCACCACACAUCAAAUCAGUAGAUGAUGUAGUUGUCCUAGGCAUUAAUCUCAGCAAAUUUAACAAGGCUACCCAGUUUUUCAUUUGCGUUUCUGGAGUAUUUCUGUUUUAUCUUAUUUAUGGAUAUCUGCAGGAACUGAUAUUUUCAGUGGAAGGUUUUAAACCCUUUGGGUGGUAUCUUACAUUAGUGCAAUUUGGGUUUUAUUCCAUUUUUGGACUUAUAGAACUACAGCUUAUUCAGGACAAAAGGAGACGGAUCCCAGGCAAAACCUACAUGAUAAUAGCUUUUCUAACAGUGGGGACAAUGGGUUUAUCAAAUACCUCCUUAGGAUAUCUGAAUUAUCCUACACAAGUAAUCUUCAAGUGCUGUAAACUGAUCCCAGUUAUGAUAGGAGGAGUCUUUAUACAAGGAAAACGUUACAAUAUUGCAGACGUUUCUGCUGCAGUGUGCAUGAGCUUGGGCUUAAUAUGGUUUACUCUAGCUGACAGCACCAUUGCACCGAAUUUUGACUUAACAGGUGUGGUCCUUAUAUCCCUUGCCCUCUGUGCAGACGCCGUUAUAGGAAACGUGCAGGAAAAGGCUAUGAAGCUGCACAAUGGCUCCAACUCUGAAAUGGUUUUGUAUUCCUAUUCAAUAGGUUUCCUGUAUAUUUUAUUGGGACUGACAUGCACUAGUGGCUUAACCCCUGCAGUAACAUUUUGCUCAAAGCACCCGGUUCAAACAUACGGCUACGCGUUCUUGUUCUCCUUGACUGGCUAUUUUGGAAUCUCUUUUGUCCUAGCCCUGAUUAAAAUCUUUGGAGCUCUUUUAGCUGUAACAGUCACAACAGGAAGAAAAGCAAUGACAAUUGUACUUUCUUUUCUGUUUUUUGCAAAGCCAUUUACAUUCCAGUACGUGUGGUCAGGCUUGCUGGUUGUCCUUGGUAUAUUUCUCAAUGUUUACAGCAAGAACAUGGAUAAACUCAGACUCACUUCAGUGCGCAGUCUCUGGAAUAAAUGUACCGAAGAAAAACAGACAAGGACGUUGUCCCAAACGGUGUAGACAGUGGCUUGUGCCAUGUCUUGCGCUGGACUGUUUGUUUCUGUUACUUCAUUGCAAUAGUCUCCAGUUGACUUGUUUUCCAAAGGGAAUGAUACUAAAACCAAAGGAGUCAAAGGCAUUUCGUCGAGUUGCAGAGGGCGGACACCAGCGUCUCUGUGAAAACCCUCUCUUGGAAGCGCUCAGGUCUCAUCCUGUGCGGGGGCCCGGUCUGGAUAAUGGCAUUUGACGAUGGGCUCUGAGGGACAGUGGUUCUCGUGUGAGCUGUUGAAAUCUUCACUCCAAAUAGGGCACAUAGGAGAGGGUGUGUGUGAUUAAUUUGGGCAUUUUAAUCGCUGCUGCUCUUGAAAUCAAGUGGGUCUUUGUGUUUUAUUGUUGGGAUCGGUUUAUUUAAAUGUAACACUGUUUUGAAACAAGAUAGACACUAAUCAGAACCUGAUUGACUAAACUGAAAGGUUAUGCCGGCAAGGUUUUAAUUAUGCCAUAACUUUUUUAUUUUUUCAUUUUUUUUAUUAAAAAAAAUGUCUUAAAGCUUCUAUUCCCAUUGUUUUUGGUAUUGAAGGUUUUCUUCUGAAGGAAAAAGCAAAAUGAAAUUCUCUUAAAGUGGAUGGCUUUGAGACACGUUUAAGGGAACCAGCCUCCUGUCUAUGCAUUUUCUCUCUCUCGUUGAUUCUUAAGGAAUGAUCCUUCACAUUAAAGUAUCAAGAAGGUCUUAAUGCACCAGACAACUCAUUUCCUUGCUACCUCUCCAUAUUGUAAUGAAAUGAGUGGGACCAGGGAAAGUAGCUAAAAGAGUGGAGGGUGGAUUACUUUGAUUAUUGCAUAUUGUAAUUAGCUUAGAAAUGGGCUCGUUCAGUGGAGCGCUUUCUACACUGUGCACUUUAACAAAUUCUGUGCCAUGAAAAGCUGAAUUCCGCAACGUGAAUAAAUUCUGCACAUGUGUGUA